UUUUUUAUUAAUAAUCCUACUGUCUGGACCAGCUUGCAUGCAUUAUGGCUAUAUUUAUAAUAUUUUUUUUUUGGCUUUGGAAUUUGUUGGGAAGAUUGGAAUAUUUGUAUUGUUUUGAUAUGUUUAUGAGUUUUGUUCAUGUGGGGAAUUAGCUAUAUUUAGGAAUUUUGCCUUUUGGGUUUUCUUGAAAUUAUGAAAUAUGGGAUUUUGAAUCUUAUUAGAUUGAGAUCUUUUCCACUUUUUGAAGUUCCCUUGAAAAAAAACUUUCCUUUUUCUGCAUUUUUUUGUGUACUUAGUUUUUGAAAAAAAGGGGUUAUUUUGUUGUUGCUAUUUGUUUAAUCGGAGUUAAAAUUUGGCUCCUUUUUUGAGCUUUUCCUUAUUUUUAUCAACAAAGUUUGUAUUUUUAUGCAAAUUGUGAAGCUAGCUGAUUUUUGGUUUUGUUGGUUGAUUGGACUUGAGGUUUAGUUUCUUGAGUUUCCUUUCUAUUUCAAGAAAAUUGGGGUUUUUUCUUUGCAUUUGUUUCUGGAAUCUGUUGUGAAGUCAUAGAACUCAAUUCUUGCCGCAUUUUGCUGAUUUUGCCACAAAAAGGUUUAGUAAAAAGUUCUCUAAGGAGGAUUACGACUGCACUUUUUAGAGGAUCGUCCCUGUAUCUUAGUAAUGAAUCAGGCAAAAAUCAAGCGUAGAGUUGGUAAAUAUGAAAUGGGAAGGACAAUUGGUGAGGGAACAUUUGCUAAAGUCAAGUUUGCAAGGAAUUCAGAGACAGGAGAGGCUGUAGCAAUCAAGAUUCUUGAUAAGGAUAAGGUCCUGAAACACAAAAUGGCUGAGCAGAUAAAGCGGGAGAUAGCUACAAUGAAGUUAAUCAGACAUCCACAUGUUGUUCGGUUAUACGAGGUGAUGGGUAGCAAGACGAAGAUAUUCAUUGUUCUGGAAUUCAUUACAGGUGGAGAGCUCUUUGAUAAAAUUGUAAAUCAUGGACGGAUGCAUGAAAAAGAAGCAAGGAAAUAUUUUCAGCAGCUCAUUAAUGUUGUUGAUUAUUGUCAUAGCAGGGGAGUCUACCAUAGAGAUCUAAAGCCUGAAAAUUUACUGUUGGAUGCCUCUGGAAACCUUAAAGUUUCUGAUUUUGGAUUGAGUGCUCUGUCCCAGCAAGUCAGGGAUGAUGGUUUACUCCAUACCUCGUGUGGAACCCCUAACUAUGUUGCUCCUGAGGUACUCAAUGAUCAUGGAUAUGACGGCACAACAGCGGAUCUUUGGUCGUGUGGAGUCAUACUCUUUGUAUUGCUUGCAGGUUACUUGCCUUUUGAUGACUCUAAUCUUAUGAACCUGUAUAAAAAAAUCUCCGCUGCUGAAUUUUCUUGCCCACCUUGGAUGUCUUUUGGCGCUAUGAAGUUAAUUACUCGCAUUUUGGAUCCAAAUCCUAUGACACGUAUUACCAUCCCAGAAAUUUUGGAGGAUGAGUGGUUCAAGAAAGAUUAUAAACCUCCUGUUUUUGAUGAGAAAAAAGAUGCCAACCUGGAUGAUGUUGAAGCUGUAUUCAAGGAUUCUGAACAGGAAUAUCAUGUAACAGAGAAAAAAGAAGAGCAGCCAACUCCUAUGAAUGCAUUCGAGUUGAUCUCAAUGUCAAGAGGACUCAACCUUGGGAAUCUCUUCGAUGAACAGGAAUUUAAGAGAGAAACAAGGUUCACAUCUAAAUGCCCGGCCAAUGAAAUAAUCAGUAAGAUUGAAGAAGCUGUAAAGCCCCUUGGUUUUGAUGUUCACAAAAAGAAUUACAAGAUGAGGCUGGAAAAUGUUAAAGCUGGAAGAAAAGGGAACCUUAAUGUUGCCACUGAGGUAUUUCAAGUCGCCCCUUCUCUUCAUAUGGUUGAAGUGCGAAAAGCAAAAGGCGAUACUUUGGAAUUCCACAAGUUUUACAAGAAUCUUUCAACUAGUCUAGAGGAUGUAGUGUGGAAAACUGAAGAGGACAUGCAAAAUAGGUAGUAUUUUUCGAUCAGUCGAGUGGAGCAUGAUACACGAAGUUUGAUUUGCGGUCGGGAUAUUAUCAAGUGCGUAUUGCCGAGGGUGAACAUAUUACUACCAUGAAGAGCAAUAGCAUUAGCUUUUGCUGGUGCUACCACAUAUGUAUAAACUUUACAAGUUCUUUCUUUCUAUCCCCUUUUUUCUGUUCUUUUUUGGUCUGUUCUUUGUAGUGGGACUUUUUUCUCCCAUGAGAAAGUGACCAUGUGAGGAAUUUCCAUUUGUUUCAUCAUGAGUAGGACUUUGUUCCUAAUCACUUGCUGUUUGUAUAACUGGUAUACUCUUCUGACAAUUGUAUUAAGCUUUUCAGCUCCCUAAAAAAAAAAAAAAAAAAAAA